AUGAAAUGCAAGUUUAGGCUUUUAUCUUGCUGCCCACUUUUUUCAGUCAUUUUAGGUGACGAUCAAAUAAGUCACAGAACCCGAUUGACAAGACUGUCUAAAGAAAUGUUAGAGACGAAAUUAGUGGGUAUCCGUUGUAUUAGUCGUUUUGGCUUCCGGCUUAUUGAUAACACCUUUGUUUUUGGACCAAUUGCUGUCUUUCCAAUGACCGUGCUUUCUUGGAGAGUGCCUUCUCCGGAGCAUAUCACUGAAGAAUCAGUAGAAUUUUUUACACUUCUGGAACCGAAAAUUGACGUCCUUGUCAUAGGGGCUGGCGGACGAAAGAAUGUCGAUACCGUCAGGAAACAAGUCGCCCCAUUUCUCAUCAGAAAGAAAAUUGGUUUUGAAAUAAUGGAUACGGAAGAGGCAAUUCCAACGUUCAAUUUUUUGAAUGCAGAACGACGGUACGUUGCUGGCGCCCUCUUUCCGCCACCUGACCUAGAAAUUAGUGCCGUUGAGCAUGGAAGAGCAAUGCAGUUGUUAAAGAGCUUUGAUGAACUGGAUGUUCAUCCUUUACUUGGUGGACUGUAUUCCACACUGGAUUCCAGAAAGGAUAUUAUCAAGAAGCUGUGGGGGGAACGUGAAUUAAAACAAUUAGAAGCUAUGGAUGAAGGUUUGGAAACUCCACAGAUUGGACUUGGCGAGGAAGUGAAGCGUAUUUCAGGGAAACAGAGUUCCAAAAAAUGA